UUUUAAAUUCAGUGUGGCUUCACGCAGCCGCUGCGCGCCGUGGAUACGCCGAGACUAUGGAUACGGAGCGUCUUUUUCCACGUUGAAACUCCACAAUGAGGGAUAAAAGUAAGACGCGGUGCUGGGAGAGGGAGAGUUAAUGCAUUUGCGGAGGAGUUUUGGUGAAGUUUCAGUCGGGAUUUGGCAGGUUUUACAAGCAUGGAGCUACCGAUGUGUUGGAUUUGGGUUUGUGUCCUGUUCGCCGCGCCGCUUGCGGGAUGUUUGGAGAUGCACCUUUCGGAGACUUUACAGCCCGGGAGCCUUCUGGCGAACCUGUCGCUCGGACCUGGGUGGACGUACAAACUUGACAGGACUUUGUCGCCCAAAUUCAUUCAGAGUUUCUUCCAAGUUGAGAGGCACGACGGGCUGAUCCGUCUGUCUCGGAAAGUUCAGUGUGCGCACACGCCGAGGAACCCAGCGUCUGUUUAUAUAAGAACGUGUUCCCCCACAUCUGGAGAUGUUAUUCUGACGCAUUUCAGCGUGUUUGUCCACGGUCAGGACUGUUUUAUUAAAUACAAGAGAAAGAAAUUGACAGGUAAGCCAGACAUUCACGUUAAACUCCGGUCAAAACUGCAGGCAACUCCUUGCUCAUCUGCAGGUAAACUGCUUUUGAAUGUCACAGAACUUUUGCCUGCUUUUACGCGGAGCAGUUCCCUUUUGGACACUGAAUGCGCUGGAACAGACUUUGUCGCGGUGUUAAGGCAGGGGGGUUUGUUCCUGGCCACUGACCUGUGCUUUGCGCACAGUGGACAGCCCGAGGUGGAUUUGCACUGCACCAUGCACAGCUCUCCAGGCAGCCGACUCUCUGUGCAGCUGAGCCUGACGCUGGUAAAAGUGCCUAAACAACAUGGAUCUUUACCAGAACGCGCCCAGAAAAAGUCUGGGAUCCACAGGGGGAAGCGACAGGUGAACACAUCCCCACAGUUCCAGCUCCCCAACUAUCAGGUGUCUGUGCCUGAGAACGAGCCUGCAGGAACUGCUGUCAUAACCCUGAAAGCAACAGACCCGGAUGAUGGAGAGGCAGGGAGGCUGGAGUACAGCAUGGAAGCUUUGUUUGACAGGAGAUCUGAUGACUUUUUCAACAUUGACUCACAGACAGGGAGCAUAACAACCGUCCAGGCGCUGGACAGAGAGGUCAAAGACACCCAUGUUUUCAAAAUUACUGUAACUGACAAUGGCACCCCUAAAAGAUCUGCCACUUCGUACCUCACUGUCACUGUGAGUGACACUAAUGACCACAGCCCCAUAUUUGAGCAGAAUGAAUACCGGGUCAGCAUCCGAGAGAAUGUUGAGGUGGGCUUCGAGGUGAUGACAAUCCGGGCCACUGAUGGUGACGCUCCCUCCAACGCCAACAUGGUUUAUAAAAUUGUGAAUGGCAAAGGAGUCAACUCUGUGUUUGAAAUCGACCCCCGCAACGGCCUGGUGAGGAUCAGGGAGCGACCCGACAGGGAGACCAGGUCCCAGUACCAGCUGAUUGUUGAAGCCAACGAUCAGGGGAAAGACCCUGGUCCCCGCAGUGCCACCGCCACUGUUCACAUCACCGUGGAAGAUGAAAAUGACAACUACCCACAGUUCAGUGAAAAGAGGUAUGUUGUGCAGGUUCCAGAGAAUGUGGCGGUUAACACCAAAGUCAUCCAGGUGGAAGCCACGGACAAAGAUGAAGGAAACAACGCCAAAGUUCACUACAGCAUCAUCAGCGGCAAUGUUAAAGGCCAGUUCUACAUUCACUCCCCCACUGGUGUCAUCGAUGUCAUCAAUCCUCUGGACUAUGAAAUGAUUCGGGAGUAUAAUUUGCGGAUUAAGGCUCAGGACGGUGGCAGGCCUCCGCUGAUAAAUGGCACAGGGAUGGUGGUGGUGCAAGUGGUGGAUGUGAAUGACAAUGCCCCCAUGUUCGUCAGCACACCUUUCCAGGCUACUGUGUUGGAAAAUGUGGCCAUCGGUUACUCUGUGAUCCACAUUCAAGCAAUUGAUGGGGAUUCAGGAGAAAACGCCCGUUUGGAAUACCGGCUAACAGACACCACGCCUGGAUUUCCGUUCACGAUCAAUAACAGCACGGGAUGGAUUACAGUGAGUGAGGAACUGGACAGGGAGACCACUGACUUCUACACCUUUGGCAUAGAGGCGAGAGAUCACGGGAUGCCUGUGAUGUCGUCCUCCGCCAGUGUCAGCAUCACGGUGCUGGAUGUGAACGACAACGUGCCCACAUUCACCGAGAAGACCUACUCGCUGAAGAUCAACGAGGAUGCUGUUGUGGGGACCAGUGUUUUGACGGUGACCGCGGUGGAUCGAGACGUCAACAGUGUGGUGACGUAUCAGAUCUCCAGUGGAAAUACCAGGAACCGCUUUGCCAUCACCAGCCAGAGUGGUGGUGGCCUCAUCACCUUAGCCCUUCCUUUGGACUACAAGCAGGAACGCCAGUAUGUCCUGACGGUUACCGCCAGCGAUGGGACUCGCUACGACACCGCUCAGGUGUUCAUCAACGUCACUGAUGCCAACACACACCGGCCCGUCUUCCAAAGUGCCAACUACCAGGUGAUGCUCAGUGAGGAGAAACCGGUGGGCUCCACGGUGGUGGUGAUUAGUGCAACAGACGAGGACACUGGGGAGAAUGCUCGCAUCACAUAUGUCAUGGAGGACAAUGUUCCUCAGUUCAAAAUCGACCCGGAUUCUGGUGCUAUCACGACACAAAUGGAAAUAGACUACGAAGACCAGGCUUCCUACACGUUAGCCAUCAUUGCCAGAGACAAUGGCAUCCCUCAGAAAUCUGACACCACCUAUGUGGAGAUUAUCAUCCUGGAUGCUAACGAUAAUGCUCCUCAGUUCCUCAGAGACAUGUACCAGGGGACUGUAUUAGAAGAUGCACCUAUCUACACCAGCGUGCUCCAGAUUUCUGCUUCAGACAGAGAUUCUGGCUCCAACGGCAGGGUCAGUUAUACAUUUCAAGGUGGUGAUGAUGGAGAAGGAGAUUUUUUCAUUGAGCCUUACUCUGGUAUCAUCAGAACUGCUCGGAAACUGGACCGGGAGAACGUUCCUGUUUACAACCUGAAGGCGUUUGCUGUGGACAGAGGGGUUCCGCCUCUGAAAGUAGCUGUUCCUGUUCAUGUCGUGGUUCAGGACAUAAAUGACAAUGCUCCAGUGUUUGAGAAGGAUGAGCUUUUCAUUGACGUACAGGAGAACAGCCCGGUGGGGUCUGUCGUGGCCCAGAUCACUGCCACCGACCCGGAUGAGGGCACCAACGCUCAGAUCAUGUACCAGAUCGUAGAAGGGAAUAUUCCAGAGGUUUUCCAGCUGGACAUUUUUAACGGCGACCUCACUGCGCUCGCAGACCUGGAUUAUGAGAGCAAAACUGAGUAUGUCAUAGUGGUUCAGGCCACAUCAGCGCCGCUGGUGAGCCGAGCCACUGUGCAUAUCCGCCUGGUAGACAUGAACGACAACCAACCGGUGCUGAAGAACUUUGAGAUCAUUUUCAACAACUACGUCACCAACAAAUCCAACAGUUUUCCAUCAGGAAUUAUAGGGAAGGUACCAGCUCAUGACCCGGAUGUGUCGGAUAAGCUGCGAUACAAGUUUGAAUCUGGAAAUGAGCUCAGUCUGCUGCUGCUGAAUGAAGACACUGGGGAUCUGAGGCUGAACAGGGAUCUGGACAAUGACAGGCCUCUGGAAGCACCUAUGACCAUUUCUGUCACUGACGGCCUCCAUCAUGUUUACGCCAGCUGCACGCUGCGAGUCACCAUCAUCACCGACGACAUGCUGACCAACAGCAUCACGGUUCGUCUGGAGAACAUGUCCCAGGAGCGCUUCCUCUCGCCGCUGCUCAGCCUCUUCCUCGACGGCGUGGCGGCCAUUCUCUCCACCAGACGGGAAGCCGUGUUUGUGUUCAACAUCCAAAACGACACCGACGUUCAAGGAUCCAUCCUCAACGUUACGUUUUCAGCGCUGCAGCCUGGAGGUGGUAAAGGGACGUUCUUCCCUUCGGAGGAGCUGCAGGAGCAGAUCUACCUCAACAGGACUCUGCUCAGGCUGAUAUCGACUCAGGAGGUGUUGCCAUUUGACGAUAACAUCUGCCUGAGGGAGCCCUGUGAGAACUACAUGAAGUGUGUAUCGGUGCUGAAGUUCGACAGCUCUCCUCCCUUCAUCGCCUCCAACACGGUUCUGUUUCGGCCCAUCCACCCCAUCAACGGGCUGCGCUGCCGCUGUCCGGUCGGGUUCACCGGCGACUACUGUGAAACUGAGAUCGACCUCUGCUACUCAGGACCCUGCAAGAACAACGGGAAGUGUCGCAGCCGAGAGGGAGGAUACACCUGCGAGUGUCUGGAAGAUUUCACAGGUGAGCACUGUGAGCUGAAUGCGUCAUCAGACCGAUGUGUUCCUGGGGUUUGUAAGAAUGGCGGCAAAUGCAUCAACCGGCUUGCGGGUGGUUUCAUGUGCGAGUGUCUGCCAGGGGAGUUCGAGAAGCCCUACUGUGAGAUGACAACCCGAAGCUUCCCCGGACAGUCCUUCAUCACCUUCAGAGGCCUGCGACAAAGGUUCCACUUCACCGUCUCCUUCACGUUUGCUACCAGAGAAAGAAACGCUCUGCUGCUCUACAACGGCAGGUUCAACGAGAAGCACGACUUCAUCGCUCUGGAGAUCAUCGGCGAGCAGAUUCAGCUCACUUUCUCUGGAGGUGAGACGAAGACCACGGUGUCUCCCUACAUCCCAGGUGGAGUCAGCGAUGGCCAGUGGCAUUCAGUCCAGCUUCAUUACUACAACAAGGAAGGGGGGAGUCUGGUGGACUCCAGCGGGGCUCUUCGCCUCCCGCUCUAUACCGCCUGGCUGGAGCUCAAUCAGAAGGAGCCUAACAUCGGCCGCCUGGGCAUCCCUCAUGGACCCUCUGGAGAGAAGGUGGCCAUGGUCGCCGUGGACGACUGCGACAUCUCCAUGGCGAUUCGCUUCGGAAAGCAGAUCGGCAACUACUCCUGCGCCGCUCAGGGCACCCAGACCGGACAGAAGAAGUCGCUGGACUUGACUGGACCUCUGUUGCUCGGUGGAGUUCCCAACCUGCCCGAGGACUUUCCAGUCAGGAACAGAGACUUCGUGGGCUGCAUGAGAAACCUGAGCAUCGACAGCAAACCUAUCGACAUGGCGAGCUACGUCGCUAAUAACGGCACCACAGCAGGUUGUGCAGCAAAGAAAAACUUCUGCACAAAUGAAGUGUGUCAGAACGGAGGAGUGUGCGUCAGCAGGUGGAACACCUACAGCUGCGACUGUCCGACCGGCUACGGGGGCAAAAACUGCGAACAAGUGAUGCCGUCUCCUCAGUUCUUUGACGGCCAGGCUCUGGUGUCCUGGAGCGAUCCAGACAUCACCGUGGCUGUUCCCUGGUACAUGGGCCUCAUGUUCCGGACCAGGCAGCCUGCCGGGACCCUGAUGCAGGCCAAUGCUGGACCCUCAUCCACCAUCAAUCUCAUGGUGAGUGAGCAGCAGGUCCGUAUGGAAGUGUUGCUGAGGCAGCACCUAGUGGCGUCACUGACCUUCCCUCAGGUUCGUGUCAAUGACGGCGAGUGGCACCACUUACUGGUCGAAUUGAGAAGCAUCAAAGAUGGAAAAGACAUCAAAUACAUGGCUGCUGUGUCCCUGGAUUACGGCAUGUACCAGAAGUCGGUGGAGAUUGGUAAUGAGCUGCCAGGUCUGAAGCUGCAAACUCUUCAUGUUGGAGGUUUACCUGGAGAAGGAAACCAUGUCAACAAAGGAUUUGUUGGCUGCAUACAGGGGGUCCGUAUGGGAGAGACGUCCACCAACGUGGCCAACAUCAACAUGGCUCAGGGCCUGAAGAUCCGUGUUGAAGACGGCUGUGACCUCGCCGACCCCUGCGACUCCAACAUCUGUCCUGAGAACAGCCACUGCAGCGACGACUGGAGCACCCACACCUGUGUCUGCGAUCCAGGUUAUUUCGGUAAAGAGUGUGUGGAUGCUUGUCAGCUCAAUCCUUGCGAGCACGUUUCCACUUGUGUCCGCAAACCGAGCUCCUCCCACGGCUACACCUGUGACUGUGGACAGAAUUUCUACGGCCAGUACUGUGAAAACAAAGUGGAGAAGCCUUGUCCUCAGGGUUGGUGGGGCAGCCCUGUAUGUGGACCCUGUAACUGCGAUACAAGCAGAGGAUUCCACAAAGACUGCAACAAGACCACCGGAGAGUGUCGCUGCAAGGAAAACCACUACCGUCCGGAGGGUGAGGACGCUUGCUACCCCUGCGAGUGUUUCUCCAUCGGCUCCGAGUCUCGAACCUGCGACGGCGUCUCCGGUCAGUGCCCCUGCAAAGGAGGAGUCAUCGGGCGCCAGUGCAACCAGUGCGAUAACCCUUUCGCUGAAGUCACUCCUACUGGAUGCGAAGUGGUGUAUGAGGGCUGUCCAAAGGCCUUUGAUUCAGGCAUCUGGUGGCCCAAAACCAAAUUUGGACGUCCUGCUGCCAUGAACUGUCCCAAAGGAUCCAUCGGUACUGCAAUCCGCCACUGUAGUGAUGAGAAAGGCUGGUUGUCACCUGAACUCUUCAACUGCACCACCGUCACCUUCUCUCAUCUGAAGAAAAUGAAUGAGGAUCUGAGUCGCAACUCUUCCAGGAUGGACAGUGAACGCUCCAAGGCCAUAGUUCGUCUGCUCCACAGCGCCACCAACAACACGCCGCGUUACUUCGGCAACGACGUCAAGAUGGCCGCCCAGCUGCUUAAUCACGUUCUGCAGUACGAGAGCCAGCAGGCCGGAUUCGACCUCACCGCCAUGAGGGAUGCUGAGUUCAAUGAGAACUUGGUGCGAGCCAGCAGCGCCAUACUGGAUCCCGACACCAAGAAGCACUGGGAUCAGAUCCAGAGGACGGACGGCGGCACCGCACAUCUGCUCCGUAACUUCGAGGACUACGCCAACACGCUGGCGCAGAACGUCAGGAAAACCUACCUGAAACCUUUCACCAUCGUCACGGACAACAUGAUUCUCACCGUGGACUACCUCGACGUGUCCGACCCGGAGAGGGCAACGUUCCCUCACUUUAAAGAAAUACAGGAGGAAUUUCCCAAAGAACUGGGCUCUUCUGUCCAGUUCCCACAGUUUAACCUGCGAGCUCAGGUCCACAAAGCAGAACCAACUCCUGCCCCUCCAGCUCAGACCGAUGCCCCGGUGGAGGAGGAGCACACGGUGUCCGACAGGAGGCGACGACACCUGGAGCCACCUGCCCCGCUGCCUGUCGCCGUGGUGAUAGUUUACAAGUCGCUGGGGCAACUGCUUCCAGAGAGAUACGACCCCGACCGAAGGAGUCUCAGGCUUCCCAACCGUCCGGUGAUCAACACAGCCAUAGUGAGCGCCACCGUCCACAGCGAGGGCCCGCCUCUUCCUGCCAUCCUGGAUCCACCCAUCACUUUAGAGUACACCCUGCUGGAGACGGAGGAGAGAACCAAGCCGGUCUGUGUGUUCUGGGAUCACUCCAUCACGGUCGGGGGUACAGGCGGCUGGUCGUCUAAAGGCUGCGAGGUGCUCAACAGGAACAACAGCCACAUUAGCUGUCAGUGUAACCACAUGACCAGCUUCGCCGUGCUGAUGGACAUUUCGAAGAGAGAGCACGGAGACGUCCUCCCCGUGAAGAUCGUCACCUACACCACAGUGUCAGUUUCCCUCUUCCUCCUCCUCCUCACCUUCAUCCUGCUGUGCCUCGUCCGCCGCCUCCGGUCCAACCUCCAUGUCAUCCACAGGAAUCUGGUGGCAGCGUUAUUCUUCUCUAUGCUCAUCUUCCUGCUCGGCAUCAAUCAGACUGAUAACGUGUUUGUGUGCACGGUCAUCGCCAUCCUCCUGCAUUACUUCUACAUGUGCACCUUCGCCUGGAUGUUUGUUGAAGGGCUUCAUAUCUACCGCAUGCUGACGGAGCUGAGGAACAUCAACCACGGACACAUGAGGUUCUACUACGCCAUGGGCUGGGGCAUCCCGGCUAUUAUCACCGGUUUGGCAGUCGGCCUCGAUCCUCAGGGUUAUGGAAACCCAGACUUCUGCUGGCUUUCUGUCCACGACACCCUCAUCUGGAGCUUCAUAGGACCCAUCUUUGUAGUCGUCCUGGUGAACUUCGUCAUCUUCAUUCUGGCUGCUAAGGCCUCCUGUGGUCGCAGGCAGAAGGCUGUAGAGAAAUCAGGAGCCAUUCCUGCCCUACGUAUGGCCUUCGUCCUCCUGCUCCUCAUCGGUGCCACCUGGCUACUCGGUCUGUGGGCGGUCAACAGCGAUGUGAUGAUCUUCCACUACCUGUUCGCUGGAUUCUGCUGUUUACAGGGAAUCUUCAUUUUCUUCUUCUACAUAAUCUUAAACAAAGAGGUGAGGAAAAACCUCAAGAACGUCUUCAUGGGAAAGAAGAGCGUCCCGGACGAAUCCAGCACCACGAGAGCCUCCUUGCUCACCCGCUCUCUCAACUGCAACAACACCUACACUGAGGAGGGUCCGCUGUACCGCUCCGGCAUCGGCGAGUCCACCGUGUCCCUGGACAGUACGCUCAGGUCAGCCAAGAGCCGCAGCAGCUACCUGGCUUAUACACUCAGGGAGGAGUCUGGUCAGAAGCCCAGCGUGUCUUCAGGAACAGCUAAAGGACACACCGAUCUGGAUGGACCUCUGUUCCACAGGAACGGCACCAAAGGAGAUGACUCUGACUCAGACAGUGAGCUGUCAGUUGAUGAGCACAGCUCUUCCUACGCCUCCUCCCACUCCUCCGACAGCGAGGAUGAUGACAUAGAUGUCAAGCCAAAGUGGAACAAUGAGAGGCCUCUUCACAGCACCCCGAAAGGUGAUUCAGUGGCCAAUCAUGUGAAGCCUUACUGGCCAACGGAGGCCACCACAGCCAGUGACAGCGAGGAUCCAGGCGGGGCGGAGAGGCUGAGGGUGGAGACCAAAGUGAAUGUGGAGCUUCACCCAGAGAAUAAACUGAACCAUGUUGGUGAAAGAGAGAGGGAGGCUCUGCAGGAAGGAGACAGACAGACGCCCAGCAACGCUAAAGACUCAGCACCAGCCGGUCAACCCAACAGCAACCACCAACCAGAGCAGAGGAAAGGUAUCUUGAAGAACAAGAUCAGCUACCCUCCUCCGCUCACCGACAAGAACAUGAAGAACCGUCUGAGGGAGAAGCUCAGCGACUACAACUCCCCGACCAUCACCUCGCCUCCUCCCAACAACAACAACACCUCCUCCCCGCCUCCCUCCUCCGUCAACAUUAUGGCGCCUUCGUCGCGAACACCUUCGCUGGCCUCCAACGAAGGCAGCCGAGUCGGAAACCACGACGGCAGCUCCAUCAUCAAGCCGCCCAUCGCACCGAGGCCUCAGAUCCCCACCAGGCCGCCGCCGGCUGGAAUCUACCGGGAAACCAACGGGGGAGUUGCCAUGCACUUGAAGUCAGGGACGGUCAAUGGAGGCAACGAGUCUGAUUCAGACGGCAGUAACGAGACUUCCAUCUGACCUGUUAGGAUAACCCAGACCAGCCUGCCCUUGUGAGAGGAGGAGCCCAACAGCCUGCUGGGAAAAGAGAAGGAAAGCCAAGAGUGGAGGAGUAAAAUGAAAAGAACGAUGGACAGAGGGGGUGCUGAAGAUUGGGUGGAAUCUCUUCACCGGAUCUGUCCAUCCAACCCUCCUCUCAUGUUUCAUCUCUUCAGAGAGAGCAGUAUUAAUUGCAGACUUUAGGACUGCCUGAGAUGAGAAAAAAGGCAGAGAUUAUGGAAAGAUGUGAGAAAUAAUAAAGGGAAUGCUGUGUUGGACUGUACCAAGAAAUGACACAGUGGAGCCACGUGUGCCAAAACCACUACAGGAGAUGUGGAAGACGAAGAACGCCCCCAGAAUGCAUUGCAAGUCAUGAAAUGAUGCUCCUGUGGUGGCUAUGAGGAGCCUGUGGAGGUGAAGUUAGAGGACAGGCAGAUGGACAAUCACUGAACCUACACAAGCUGGUACAGUUUCAUUUGUAGUCCAAAAGGAUUUCAAGGUCUACAAGUCCCACGAGCCGACAGACACAGCCUGUUCUCAGUGACUUUUGAACUCUGGACAGCACCAAGUGCUCUUUUCUGAUUUUUUUUAACUUUUUAAACUCAAACGAAGGCUCCCGCAGUCGCUCAGUGCAGUGUAUUUAGAGUGUAAUUAAUAUGUAGAUAAUUUUAAAGGCGAAUAAGAAAAAUGAUCUAUUUUGUAUUUCAGUUGUCACAAAGGACGUGUUUCUACACUAAAAAUAAUUCACCUGGGAGCACAGUUGUGAAAAUCACUUCAUACGCUGGUUUAACAGAGAACACUGGUGUGUUUGUCUUCGUCCAGGGCCGAGGCCGUACAACUUUCACACUCUAAAUCUGUUGCAGUUGUGUGUGACUGCACGUUCACAUGGGGCCUAAAUGAACACUGAUGUUGUGGAAUGGAGGGGAAUUUCCUCUCUGUUUUCCAGUUCGAGCACUAUGAACCUGAAGCCUUCUUAGAGAGUGUCCGUCUUCCCCAUUUGUUGCUGCAACACACACCAAAGUCACGGUAAAUAAGCAGAUUAGUGUUGAGGUCAGUUCAGUUUAACUCCGUUUUUUUUCUCAAAUUCUUAACAUGUUUUGAUCUUGUUUCAGCAUAAUGGAUGGACAAUUAAUAUAAAUUAAAUGGGUUUUUUAUUGUAAAUUUCUAAAUCUGAGUUAAAAGUCAAAAUGACACCAACUCUAAUGUAUCUUGCAGCUUGUAUACGGAAACUCAAAAUGUUUACCACUCACGGAAUGCCUUUGUACCUUCCAUACUGUUCACCCCCAGUGUUCUGCCCUCAUGUAAUCAAUGUUGAUAAAUGUCCUUGUUUUUUUUUGUAUGAUCCGAGACACUGGAAAUGUUUUGUAACAUAAUGUAUAUUUAUUUUUUAUGGUUUUAAGACACUGGAAAGAAAAAAAAUGAUUGUGACUGUAAAAUUAAAAAUGACAUGAUGAAUUUUUAA